AUGCAUCGAGCUUUGGAUGCCUGCACUGCACUGUUCUCUUCACCUGGAGACAACACUGGACAGACAAGACUUUUUCGGUUUUCAUCUUUCUCCAUCAGAGAUCUGCUCAAAUCCAAGACACCAGAGUGCAACUGCCUACAGCUAAGGCCUGUGGAUGGCAUCAGUGAGGCGGGAGAGCUGAAUGUGUCAACGGUUCAGAUGGAGGCAGAGAUUGACAAAAAAAACACAGAAAAUAAGGCUCUGUGUGACUGUAUCCAUGGCUCUCUUCAUGAUAAGGAACACAGCCCACUCAUGAGAGCAGUGUUGUGUGGCUCGGUGUGUAAAGUGUACCGCUUCCCCGCUGAGGACCAAAGAUGGCUGCUGGUGCGGGAGCAGAUGUCCGAGACUCCUCUGUCCUUCUCUCUACCGCGACAGCUUCUGGGCAUGCUCAGUCUGGAGUACAGCAGCAGGGCGCAGGAGGUGAUGGCACUGCAUGGCCUCUCCGCUCACAUGGAGGAGCUCAGGUGUGACAUCAUCAGCCGCUGUGAUCACAUGACCCGCUGCUACCAGGAAACACUCCAACAACUGGAAACACUGUCGGCAGUGUCCAAUUUCAAAGCCAGCAGCAGUAAGUCGGAGCGCCAUCUACAGUUUGUCCCCACAAACCUGCACACUCAGAGGAUGGAGGUGACGAGCCGUGACAGCGCAGGAGUUUGGUACGACGUGACCACAUUCGGGGCUCCAGCCGAACAUCACCAAGGCUUCAAACAGGGAGGACUGAGGAGACUGAUGUCCAAAGUCAACACCAACACUUGUGCUUCGUACUCGCUGGAGGAGAGAUCCAGGGCCAGGGUGCUGCUCCAGAACGUUUCCCGAUUACAGCCUCUGGUUUUCGGUCUGGCAGAGGAGCUGCUGAGCCGGUCUCUGGAGCCCUGUGCCGCGCUGCUGCAGCCGGUUUUAGACGAUCUCACUUCACAGAUGGAAGAGUUUGUUCACUGCCUAAAAGACGAACUGGUGAAAGAAGCACUUGUGGCUGAACACAAACAAACUGCCGCUCGAUGUAUUUACACCUGCAACGGAAAUCUGUCCAGCGACUCCUCAGCCAAUCAGGAGAGCCGAGCGUCUGACGGACAGCUGGACGUGUCCCGGCCCAAGGAGGAGUACGAUGAAGACCAGUGGGACACGGUGUGGGCGAACGUUGGUAAAAGCCUGAACUGCAUCAUUGCGAUGGUCGAUCGGCUGAAAGCAAAACAGCAGAGUCCAAAACCAUCAGCUCCCCCGGACACAAGCCCUCACAACAGCAGCAACGAACCCUCCUCUCCUUCAUCGCUGGUGUCGUGGCAGGAACAGUUGCUCCCUCUUGUGGUGACGCUGCGUGACUGCGUGCGUGAGGCAGUGUCCAAAGCAAACGCUGCAAUGACCUAUGUGCUCCUCCGGGGGGCAGCGGCGGACACAGUGGAACAGGGCUCUGAGACCCUGGUCCAGAGACGACACGCCGUCUUCAGUCAAGCGAUCACUGCGGUCACAAAUACCUUUGUUUUGAAACUCUACAACGGUUUAGAAGACGCCGACUUCCUGCAACAGCUUCACACUGUGGGGAUCCUGGCUCAGUUUGAGGGUCUACUCAGCACUUUUGGAGAUGAACUAGGCAUGCUCGAGGACAUGGAGAUGGCCGUGGCUGAUCUCAAAAAGGUUGCAUUUGUUUUGAUUGAAGGGAAAAGCGACCAAUCAGAGGACCUUCUACCAACACUGACCGGGACAUGGGACAGUUUGGUGGUGAAUGUCCCGUUGCCGCCAGAAAACUUCUCGCCGCUGCCACAGGAGCUGAGAGAAGGACGUCUGAUUCAACUGCAGCCGGUUUUCUUUAACAUCGGCAUCAACCAACAGCAGACCCUGGCUGAGAGAUUUGGAGACAGUUCACUUCAAGAGAUUUUGAACCAAGAGAGCUGUGAGCGCCUCAGAGCGUACUGUAACCAGCUGCAAGACAAACUGCCUCACAUGGCCAACUCAGAGACACUUCCACAGCUUUUGUCAGGGCUGGAAUCAUGUGUUGAAGCCAAAAGAAGGAAGAACGUGGAGGUUUUGUGGCUGGCUGCUACAGUGUGCAGGAAAGUGAACGGCCUUCGUCUGACAAGUUGUAAAAGUGCCAAAGACAGAACAGCCAUGUCUGUGACUCUGGAGCAGUGUGUCCUGCUGAAGGAGAAGCACGGACUGGACUCUCAGCACUUCAGCGCCGCCCUGGACACCAUGAGGAGAGAGGGCUGUCGACUGGAAAACGUGCAGAAGAACAUUGGGUGUAGAAAGUUUGCCUUCAGCGGCGUUCAGCUUCUGGCUUUUCCCAAACACUACAAACCCCCAGAUGGCACCUAUGGACACGCCCAGACGUAA